AUGUCGACCGUUAAUUCAUCAGCGUUUCAUGAAGUUCAGCCGAGUGAAUUAUCAAUUUUUGAUUUACCCGGGACACAGACGGGAGUUGUUAAUCUAUCAUUUCAACAAAUUCGUCCUGUCUCUCAACUAGACAAUGAGUCACCUAUUGAAUUUAAUAUUUCUGGUCAGAACAGUAUGGAUUACAUAGAUCUCCGAAUGAGCACAAUGAAUUUGAAAGUAAGAUUGGUAAAAAGUGAUGGAAGUAAAAUAACAUCGACUGAUAAAGUGGGACCAGUAAACCUCCUUCUACACUCACUGUUUUCACAGGUGGAGGUCAACGUACAAAAUAAGAGCAUUACAUCUUCAACUACCAACUAUCCAUACAAAGCCAUGAUUCAGACUUUAUUAAAAUAUAGACAUGAAGCCAAGGACUCUCAACUCACCUCUCAGCUGUAUUACGCAGAUACACCAAACUAUUUUGACGACUCAGACCCGGAUGGACAAAACAUUGGAUUGUACACGAGGUCGCAGUUUUUUGAGGAUAGCAAACUGGUCGAUUUGCAAGGAAACAUAUAUCACCCUUUGUUAGCACUAGAGCGAUAUAUUCUGAAUUCAACCGGGAUGACUAUAAAAUUCUUCAAAUCGAAACCAGAAUUUUAUUUGAUGUCAUCCGAUGAGAAGGCAGAUUAUCGAAUCGAGAUUGUCUCAAUGCAUCUGAACAUUUGUCGUGUUUCAGUCAAUCCAGGCGUCAUUUACGGUCAUAACGAAAUAUUGAAGACAACGAAUGCAAAGUAUCCAUUUGUCAAUACAGAUGUGAAGCUUCUCAGCAUUCCAGCUGGGAAUUCAAGCUUCAGUUUCGAUCAAUUGUUUAAUUCACUGAGACCAAACAAAGUGAUUAUUGGUUUUGUGUCCAGCAAAGCUGCAUCUGGAGAUUACAAAUCAAACCCUUUUAGAUUUAAAAAUUAUAACCUAAGUCAAAUUGCCUUACUGAUAGAUGGUUUACCAGUUGGUGGGAACCCAAUGAAGCUUAGUUUUAACGGAUCCAAUGGUUCUACAUACCUAUCAGGAUAUAACAGUUUGUUCGAAGUGAGUGGAAAAAGCUUGCAAGACAGCGGGAACGCCAUUGACAGGGAUGAUUUUACAGGUGGAUGUGCAUUAUAUGGAUUUCAAAUCGAACCGGAAUUCGAUGGCUUAGACUACCUCACCCUUUUAAAACAGGGAAACGUUAGAAUCGAAGCCCAUUUCAACUCACCACUACCUGAACCCUGCAUGUGUGUAGUAUACAGCGAGAACUCUGGUUAUUUUGAACUGACACAAAGCAGAGAUGUUGUUUUACAAUGA